AUGGCGGCUCAUAUCGGCUCGUCGGCUCCGGUCUCCACGAGCCGGAGCGAUGGUCCCGUUUUCCCCCCGGUGUCUCUGUCCGCGGAGGCCGCCCCGUUCACGCCGCUCGCGGCGGACAGUUGGCGUCUCGGCGGCUCGUCGCCGGACGUCGAGACGCAGUUUUCCCGCUGCGCCGCGAAGCUCAGAGCCCUGCGAGCGGACUCGAGUCAGCUGAGAGAGCAGCUCAACCUGUUGUUGGACCAGCUUCUGUCAGAAAACUACAACAAAACCCUGGAACCCAAUAUCAACAUCCGACCAGAGGACAUGUGCAGUGUGCUGAAACAUGUCAGCUCUCUUGUGCCACUGAGUCAGGAGCAUUUGGUCAUCAAACUGUGCCAGCUAGUACAUCAUCUACUCAAUCAGCUAAAGGUAAUAAUGGACGAGCGGACGCUGGGUGUAUUAUUAAACUAUACCGUCGGUGCGCUCAAAGUGUGCAGUACGUGGACACAUUCAGAUGUCCUCCUGGCGCUCUCCACUAUAGUGUACGGGAAUGGAACUCAGUGCCACCAGCACCUCCGUGAGCUGCUGGGUGAAGACGGAGUCCUCCUGCGGUAUAGUUCUCCAUCACAGCCUAACGUGGAGUUACGCCGCGUCGCUCUCACCUGUAUGGCCAACAUCUGUCUCAGGAUCCCUGGUCAGGCACCUUUGGAUGAUCAAUACAGAAGUGUAUCUUUUCGGGUCUUCCUGAAAUCAGUGCACUCGCCCAAACCUCCCGACACCGAUGAGCUCUUCUAUUGCACGGUGAUCCAGGCAGCACUGAAGGGACUUCAAUGUUGUCUCUCAGGUGGAAAAUGGAAAUUUGUUGGAGAGGACCUGGGGUCUAUACUGGCCGCUCUUAAGAGGCUCAUGUUCCAGGGAACUCCAGGUGUGAAUGUCGAGUGGCCAUCUGUUCUUUACCCGACACCUCUUCCUCAGUACGAGGGUAUCCCUGCCCCAAAACCCGCCGAUACACCACAAUCCUCAGAACCACCAAAAGAUGCUGCUGGGUCAGGCAAAAUCUCAGGGAAUAAAAAGAGGAAGUCCAGGGGAAAAGAGAAGAAAGCGAGCUCUGAGGAGAGCCGAGUGGACGACGAAGAGGACGUUGGCUGUGAGACGGUGCCUUCACCUCAGAAAGGAGGGGGAAGAGAGGGAGGCAGAGGGGAGGGAGAGUCCUCGUCCAAAGCGUCUGGCCCGUCUCUCUACCCUUCCUGGAAAAAAUCCAGUUCUGACUCAGAGUUCUCCGACCCAGAAGGCAGCGCACAGAGCAAAUUAAGGCUUUACAACGGUCGUAUACGCCAGGGAGCUCUGCACUGUCUGCUCGCGGUGGUGAAAGGUCUCGAGAAGAGGACUCUGUACGGCUACUGGUCCUCCUUGAUCCCAGACACUCCCAUUGGGGGCCCGCCGCCUCUCACACUCAUCACAAUCAUACUAAAGGACCCCUCGCCAAAGGUGCGCGCGUGUGCGCUUCAGGUGUUGUCGGCCAUUCUGGACGGCUCCCGUCAGUUUCUGGCCGUGGCCGAAGAUACGGGCGCCCCUCGGAAAUCCUACACGCCGUUCUCCUUCGUGCUGGCGGCUGCCGUCAGAGAGCUGCACCGCGCUCUCACUCUGGCUCUGCUGGCCGAGACCUCCCACCAGACGCUCACGCAGGUCAUAAAGUGUCUGGCCCACCUGGUGGCGAACGCUCCCUACCACCGCCUCCGACCCGGGCUGCUCAGCCCGCUGUGGAAGCAGAUGCGUCCCUAUGUGCGCCACAGAGAUGUAAAUGUCCGCGUGUCCGUCCUGACGCUUUACGGGGCUCUGGUGACAACUCGGGCUCCUCUCCCGGAGAUCCAGCUCCUUCUACGGCAACCCGAGAGCGCCGGCGCCGGCUCGUUCACGCCACAGGACUCAGUUCUCAGCUGGAGACAAAGAGACGGAGAGGCUACUCCCCCCACGCCGGUGAACCCCCCCCAGCGCGGCUCCCAGGCGCACUCCCCUCACGCUCUUCGCACACCGGAGGAGCUGGACAGCGCCCCGCCGUGGCUGCUGCAGCUGUGCAUGUCGCUGGUGACGCAGCCGAGAGACGACCAAUCGGACGGCGAGGGGGCGGGAGCGGCGGGGGGCAGUGCUGCUUUAGAGCCUUCCCCUGUCCGACUGGAAGCGCUACAGGUCAUGUCCUACCUGGUGCGUGGCUACUUCUCUCUCGCACAAGCGUGCCUCUCUGAGAUCGGGCAAGUCAGCGCUCGCUGCCUCGGGGAGACGGAGCCCUCCGUACAGCUGCACGGGGCGAAGCUGCUAGAGGAGUUGGGGAUGGUGAUAAUCCAGCAGUACAGAGCAGAGAACAACAUGCCUGAGAGCUCGAGGGUCCCCAUGAGCCAAGUGGUUCUGUUUUGGUCGGACGUGUUGAGCGGUCCCCUGAACGCAGCGCUGCAGAGCGAGCAGCACCCCACGCUGCAGACGAGCGCCUGCGACACGCUGUCCUCCAUUCUGCCGCAGGCCUUCGCACAGCUGCCGGACAAGACCCAGAUGAUGUGCAUCACUGUGCUGCUGGGCCUGACCUACAGUGAGAACUAUCUGGUGAAGACGGCGGCCGUCAGGGCUCUGGGAGUCUACAUCCUGUUCCCCUGUCUGAGAGAGGAUGUGAUGUUCGUGGCGGAUACGGCGAACACGAUCCUCGCCGCCCUCGAUGAUCGGUCUCCAAACGUCCGCGCCAAGGCUGCCUGGUCCCUCGGCAACCUCACAGACGCACUUAUUGUUAAUAUGGAGUGUGUCGGUGUGGAUUUCCAAGAAGAGUUAUCAGACAUGCUGCUUCUCAAGAUGUUGCAGUCAGCGACCCGAGCAUCAGCCGACAAAGACCGAGUGAAGUCCAACGCAGUCCGAGCACUUGGAAAUCUGCUUCAUUUCCUGCGUGAGAGUCAGCUGACCCGCUCUGCGUUCCAGCGCCCGCUGGAGGACGCGGUCCUCGCUCUGGUUAAAACCGUCCAAUCAGAGGCCACCAUGAAGGUCAGGUGGAACGCCUGCUACGCUCUGGGAAAUGCCUUCAGAAACCCGGCCCUGCCGCUCGACUCCGCUCCGUGGGCCAGCGACGCGUUCUCCUCCCUCUGCAAUGUCGUCAGUUCCUGUAAGAACUUCAAGGUGCGGAUCAAGUCCGCCGCCGCUCUGGCGAUUCCCGCCGACCGCGGCUGCUACGGGGACUCCGAGCGGUUCGGCUGCGUGUGGCGUUCCCUGGUGAAAGCGCUCGAGAACAGCGAAGACACCAACGACUUCUUCGAGUACCGCUACAGCGACAGCCUGCGGCUCACGCUCUCGCACGCUCUGCUGCACCUGCUCGGCGUCAGCCGGUCGCAGGACAUGCCCGCCCUCGAGGCGUCGCUGGCCGGGGACGAGGGGAGGAGCAUCAAGGAGCAUUUGAUCAAAUAUCUCAGAGCGGAGAAAGGAGGAGGAGGAGGAGGAGGAGAGGGGGCGGAGGGAGAGAAGGAGGCAGGGGGCGACAGUGUUACCCCUCAACAGAGGAUAGAAGGUCUGCAGCAGAACCUGGUCAGACUGAAGGAGCUGGAGGCUGAAGGGGAGGGACGGGAGGAGGAGGAGAGGAGUAAAGAGACGGUGCUUGAUUUCCUGGAGGAUUUGCUCCAGAUAUGCAAAGAGCCGUAAAGACUCUCGUUUCCAGCUACAGCGCCGGGCUUCAGAAGGUUCCGGAAGGUUUCAGAAACCACCUGAGAUCACAAAGAGCUCUGGUUGGACCGUCGGAGGAGAACCUUCGACCGCACACCGACUGGUGACUCGAGGCAAAGAUUAUUUACAGCUUUGUCGUCAUGAGAUUUUCAAGAUAUUUUUAAGUUUGCGGUCCCUAUUUUUUUAUAUUCUUCUAUUUUUCUUAUUGCACCUUGCACUCAAUUAUGGAUUAACAUCUGAUAUACAUGGAGUUAAAAUUAUAUGAGAAUAUAUUAUGGGACAAAUGUACAUCUUGGUAUUAAUGCUGACUGACUGUUUAUUGACUUUCAGUGGAAUCACAUUCUGAAGAACAUGUGUAAUUGUAUAACAAAGUUUUGCUGUCCAAGUAAAUUAAGAUAUGAUAUUCA